AUGGCAACCCGAAUUUUUCUGACCCCGGCCUCCUCUUCCAUUGGGGCUGGUUCCACUCUGACCAUUAACGUAGCAGCCUUGCACGACAAUGGCACUGCCGAUAGCACUGCCACAUCUACCGUCUCCCUCGUCGCGGCUUCAGGACCCAGCGUCAUCUUUACACCGUCCAGCAGACAAGUCACUCUUGUAUCGGGUGAAGCCAGUUUUACGGUUCGAGGCUUUACUGCUGGCACAGUCACCAUCAGUGGCACUGCUGCGAGUCUUGAAGUGGUCAAUGCCGUCUACACCAUUGUUCCUGGACCGGCUGCAGCCCUUGGCUUUGGCACCGAACCCACGGUGGUGGCUGGCGUAGCGACAAAUCUUAAUAUUGAGGUGCAAGAUCAAUACGGCAACCGCGCCACGUCAGCCGCAUCCACCAGCGCUACCGUCACCGUCACAGGUGACCAAUCAGGGACAGGUGUUAUCCGCCCAAGUCCCAAUCCUCGAACCGUUACCAUCACCAAUGGUCUUGGUCAGGUACAGCUUCAGACAUUCUUGGCUGAAGAGCUGACUGUGCAUCUCCAAGACUCAGCCAGCACAGGCUACACGGUGGCCUCGGAUAUUUUCCUCACUGUUCAGCCAGGUCCCGCCUCGCGCAUGUCAUCCACCUUGGAUGUGAGCUCGCAAACUGUGGGCCAGAAUGUGGUCGUAAGCGUCCAGCUUUUUGAUCAAUAUGACAAUUUGGCCGCCAACCAGGACGAAUCAAUCCUCUUUGCCCUCAGCCCAGCCGGGACGUCUGGCUCCAUCACCAUCACCGGCGGUGAGGGCUCACAGGCCAUUUCCGAGACGAUUGCUCAAGAGUAUGCGCUCACGUUUACUGACACCAACGGGAUUGACACCUCCUCGGCUGCCCAGUCCAUCACGUUCACUGCCGGACCGGUGGCAGCUUUUGAGUUGAGUGUACCAUCCACCUUGAGUGUUGACCAGAACAUUUCCGUUCAAGUCGUGGGCCGUGACGCCUUUGACAACAUUGCUGAUUCAACUUCGGGUCCAAUCACCCUUUUCACCGAGUUUGCAAGCCAACGCACGAACAUUGCUGCUUCCAUCACACUCGGGUUGCUCUCGACUCACCUCAGUCAUCUCAAGACUGUGGGUGCAGCCAUCGUGGGUGUGGCGGCUGAUGCCUCAUUUGGCACUCCUGAGGUCUCUGCUGCCGUUGAGUUGACACCAGGGGCAACUAAAUACUUUGUUUUGAGUAAUGCUACAAGCGGUGUCAAUGGAUUCCCCGCCGCACAGGGCUCGGCUGACACGAACGCAACGGCGCUGGUGCGCGCGUAUGAUGCCUUUGACAACUUGGCAACCAACCACACUGCAACGGCGGUCAUGGCAGUCUCCGGUCGUGCUUUCUUUUCUAAUAACCAAAGCACACAGGCAAUCACCUUUGUCCAAGGCACGGCGUCCCUUGUUCUCUACGACCGCCUCGCCGAAACUGUCAUCCUUAGCAUGCAAAGCUCAAGUGCAAGCGGCGCCACCCUGGCUUCCGCUGUCACCAUAACCUUUGUUCCAGGCGCUGCAGCACAGCUGCUGCUUGGCACGGAGGAUGAGCUCUUUUAUGUAGGCAUUUACGCAUCCAUCACUGUCACUCUGACCGAUGCUUACGGGAAUCGUGUCACGCUGGCUGAUCCCUUGUCCGUGGAAGUGGCAACUAACGGCACUGCUCUUGGAGGCAUGACUGCCUCCGUUGUGUCUGGUCUGGGCGCCGUCUACCUCACUUCCCGCCGGGAAGGCCCCAUCAGCGUGUCCAUGUCCUCUGUCAACCCUGUUGGUCCAAGCAUUGACGACACACUCGUUUUAAACUUUGCGAAUCUUUCAAGUGCUGCUGGUGAAACAACCCGUUCGGGUGUGCGCGUACGAGUGCAACUUUCCUCUGCUGACAUGCAUCACCUGCAACUGCUCGCCAACUUGGCCACCAACGCAUCCACGAGUCAACUGGCCUACGCAGCUGGCGCCAUCGCUGACCUGUUUGGAAAUGACCUUGCCGAGCGACUGUUAGCCAACAGUCUUGUUCCCUCGUCUUUUAUUCCUGACCGUCAGCCUCCACAGGUGGCCCAAGCCGCCGUCAAUGUAACAUAUCCUAGUGACGUUCAGGAAUAUCGUCUUCAUUUGACCAUGAGUGAACCGAUUGUGGCUGCAAGUAUCGAUCCAACCAAGAUUCAGCUUUGGAGCGGUGCAAAUCCCGAUACCAGCGAGCUCAACUAUACGCUCACCGGCGGGGCUGUGGAAGCGAGUGCCGAGCUUGUCUUGAGCUUUGCCAUCAAGCUUACAGAGGCAGAUGUGACUGCGAUCUUUGAACGUUACUAUUUGACUGGGCCAAACCAGCCAGCCUUUGGCCUUGCCCGCAACGUCGCAUCCGCGUUUAUUACUGUUGCAGCCGACUUUUGUCUCGACACGGCGCAGAAUACCAAUCUGCCUCAGGUCGAGACUGAUGCAUUUGGAAUCAACAGUUUUGAUGGUGACUUUCAGACACCGUUUGCCACUGAUGCAACCAUCAACCUCACCGCCAACAACAUUGUUCUCACGUUUUCUGAACCUUUGAACCUGUCCAUCGUCAAUGUGUCUGCUGUGAUCAUUCAAAAUGACCCAAGCAACCCAACUCAGAGUGUGCGCCUUGGAGCUCAAGGUAACGCAGGUGCCCAGUUGAACGGCACACGGCUGACCAUCACUCUAACAGCUCAGGAGCAGAAUCAGCUGCGCAGCCUGGAAGCGCUUGCGGUCUCCCUCAACACCAGCUACAUCGCUUUGGAUCGUGGAUGCGUAUACGACGUGCAUGGGCUGCCUUCGGAUGCCAUUCUCAUCUCGAACGCUCUCAAUGUCUCGCGACUGGACCGAGAUGAAGUGAAUCCUGAGCUUCAAUCCUUUGUUCUCGAUCUGGACACCAACCAACUGCAACUAUCGUUUUCAGAGGUCAUUUACGCUGCCAGUCUCAACCCAAGUGCAUUGUACCUCAGCAAUGCUAAUGGCAGCGAGGCCCUGGCUAUCACCAGCCCCGCCGGCACGCAGGCGAAUAGUGACACCAUGACCGUCAAUUUGGCACCAACAGAUAUUAAUACUCUCAAGAACAACCUCAACUUGGGAACCGACGUUGCCAACACUUAUCUUUUCUCCCUGGUGUCCUAUGAUUAUCCCCAUGGCGUGCCUUCAGCUGCUACUGACAUUGCAGUGACUCCCGUGACUCAGGAUAGCACAGCUCCCAUUUUGGCUCAGUUUGUAGAGCUGUCUUACAACGACGCAACUCUGACGCUAGCCUUUUCUGGAGCCGUGGAUCCUCAGGCUCUGGACCUAUCAAAGAUCACAGUGCAAUCUGCACAGGAGACCGGCUCUUACAGCGAUGGAUUCACGUCACUCCAACUUUCGGGGGGAAAUUGGUCAUACAAUGCCUCGGCACCCGAAAAGAUCACUGUUCAUCUUUUGGCGGCUGAUAUCAAUGCACUCAAAACGGAUGCCCUGCUCUGUCAGUAUCGUUACAACUGCUUCAUUACGGUUGCAUCUGCGGUCACAAGUGACUACUCGGGUAAUGACGUUUCUGCCACUAGCUCAGCACAAAUGGUCGCCUCCCUGCGUCGGGACACCAAUGCGCCCGUUCUUGAAACCGUCAAAAUCAACAUGAAUCUUGGUGUGCUUCAGCUGAGCUUUGAUGAGCCCGUGGCGUUGGAUUCGCUGAACAUGAGCUGCAUCGAGUUCACCACUCCUUCUGGUGCGGACUUCUAUCGCCUCACCACCUUGCAUGGGUUGCGAGACACGCAGACCCUGGCCAACGUACCUCUCAGCGCGACAGAUCUUCAUAGCCUGCAGGCGCGUCAGCUGGCUGCCCCCACCGCACCCACCCGGAUGCGAACGAGCUGCGCUCUGGUACAAGACGUGAGCUUUCCGACAGCCAACGAGGCUGGUCUGAUCACAAACGCCUCCAGUCUGUCAGUGGAGCUUUUGGUGCCUGACACGCGUGCGCCACAGCUUGUUAGCUUUGAGCUGGACCUGGACGAAGAUCCUGGUCUCAUCACGUUUACGUUCAAUGAGCCCGUGAAUGCCUCCUCGCUGGACGCCACCACCAUGUUGCUUCAGCCCUCGGCUGAUAACACAAGCUCCAGUCACGCCGUGGCCGCGUGCACGCUUGAACCCGAGUACGAGCGGGACGCAGCUGUUGACUUUGUUUUUGGCCAGACCGUGUUUGCGUGUCGACUGUCGGCAGCGGACCAAACGGCCAUCAAGUCCAACCCGCAUCUGGCCACGAGUUUGUCCACGACUUAUCUGAGCCACGCUGGUGGUCUGGUCCUGGAUAUGAGUGGGAAUGCGGCGGGUGCACUGUCCAACGCGACGGCGCAGCGAGCGCGCUUGUAUGUGGGAGACAGCACACCGGCGCGUUUGACGUCGUUUACGCUUGAUCUGAGUCUGCGCGAGCUGCGCCUGACCUUUAACGACGUUGUGGACCCCUCCUCUUUUGUCGCAGCCCAGAUCACCUUGGCUGCGUCGGCCACCGUGGUGGCUAGCAACUCUUAUAUUUUGACUUCGUCGGAGGCGCCAGGCUCGACUGGAUAUCGUGUGGUGAUUCCACUCAACGCCAAUGACUUUUUUGAGCUCGUUUCCCAUCCGUCCUUGGCCUUGAGCAGUGCCACAACCUAUCUGCAGAUGACUGCGUUUGCCUUUGACGAUGUCACGGGUGUCGACGUGGCGGCCAUCACCACCCCCCUCGCAGCGACUGGCUUUGUGGCUGACGUCAUCGCCCCCACAUUGACCAACGCAACGGUGGACUUUGUCAACGCGCAGCUUCGUCUGCUGUUUUCCGAGCCGUUGACGAGCGUCUCGAUUGACGCCUCGGCUGUUGCCUUGUUGUCUGCGUCUGGAAGCGUUGUGGCGCAGGCAAGCAACACAAGCACCGGUCCGUUGGGUGAGGCUACUUUGCAGUUGCUUCCCACGAUCAUCCAGUCCCUCAAGGCAAAAAGAAUUUGCACGCCAGGUGCCACCUGCUUUUUGAAUAUCAGUUCCGCAUUUGGAUUGGACUAUUGGAACAACGCCAAUGAUGAGGAGCUUUUACAUGCCGUCGGUGAUGUCAUCCCAGAAACCGCAGCACCGAUUCUCCUUGGUGCGACGCUGCUGGCCAGCAAUAAUUUGACGCUUACGUUCGACGAACCAGUGGAUGUGGCGGCAGCAGCAGCUGUUGACCCCACCACCAUCGAAUUUGUCGUCAUAACCGGCCACAGCGUGGCUGCCAACUUCUCUGCCCGAGUCGUGGCGGUCGGACCAUCAGCAUCUGAAAUCAUCGUCGUAUUGGAGACGGAAGCUUGCAAUGUUUUGCGUGCCGCCAGCAUCAGUGAGCUAGCCUCGCUAUCCAUGCUCUUCAGCGCUGGAGCCGUAACAGACCGCUUCGGUGUGAAUAGUGACUCUGGCAACGCAGAUGUGGUUGUAGAGGCCCGUUCUCCCACGCCCGCGCCUGUCAAUAGCACAUACAAUGCUGGAACCGGCAGCCUUCGCCUAGUAUUUGACGCUCCUAUUGACCACACCACCUGGAAUGCAUCUGCCGUCCAACUGUGCAACGGCACAAGCUGCCUGAACUUGCCCUCAGAUACUCCAGUUGAGCGCAUUUAUUCGACUGCAAGCUGGCCGGCGAUUCACGCACCACCCUGCUGGUCAGCCGGAGCCCCAACGCUUUGUGCUAACCUCAGCUAUUCAACAACCAUUGCUGUUACCCUAACUAAUCAAUUUCGCGCUCAAGGCCUUCUCUCAAACAUUGGGCUGUCCUCGUCGACUACAAUUGUUACAGCAGCUGCUGGUUGGCUGCACGAUGCCAGCCAAGUACCACUGGCCGCCUACACGGCUCCGGUUGACACCUUGUUGCCCGAUGCCAAUGGGCCGGCUCCACUCAACAUUUCGCUCAAUCUAACAUCCAACGUUUUGUCACUACGUUUCGACCGACCGGUGGAUAGCUCAAGCAUCGAUUAUACGCUCAUCCAACUUCACAACGCCUCGUUGGCGUUCGAUCUGGCUGGUCAUGCGGUCACGCUUGCCAGCUACGACGACAACCGUGGAAUUUAUGUGCAGCUUGAUAACGCUGUGAUUGCAGAUCUCAAAACCCUUGGUAUCCUCACGGGGGCAUUACCCGGCACCGCAUCAACCUUGGUUCUCGAACUACAGGUCGGUGCCAUCGCCAGUGCCUACAAUGUCGACAGCGAGAAUACAACAGCAGUCGUUGAUAUUUCCGCCGCUGAUGCGACUCCACCGGAGCUAGUGUCCUAUGUGCUCGACCUAAACGCAAAAACUCUUCAGUUGGAGUUUACCGAGCCUAUUUUACAAGACAAUGUCAAUACUAGUCUUUUGGUGUUGAACGAUGUGGCUCUGAGCACGUCCAAAGUUGACAUUUUGAACGCAACCUACCCUAAUCAGCAGCAGGUCGUACUAACCUUGAGCGCCCAUGACUUUGCAGCGCUGAAAACUCGCAUGCCAGUUUGGUCUGCGGCUGCAACCAGCUUGGACAUUGCAACCGGUGCUGCCCAAGACACAGCCAACAUUGACGCCACAGCUGUCACUAAUCGGCUGGCCACGACGGUGGUGCAAGACACGACGGCGCCAACACUUUUGGCCUUUGCUGUGGAUGCCAAUGAAUGGAAAUUCUAUUUGACCUUCAGUGAACCAGUCAACGCCAGCACAUUCAGUCCAAGUAGCUUGACUCUGAUGAAUCUCGACACACCAGCCCAAACCCUGCAGUUAGAUGCCGGCACAACCAGCUCGUACACGGCAGGUUUUCCUCUCCUGGACCACGUCACUUUGACGCUGAAUGCGUCAGAUCGCGUGCAGCUACAAUAUUUUUCGGGUCUGUAUGAAUCUCUAAACUCCUCCAUGCUGUCUUCCACGUCAGGCCUUAUUCAAGACUAUGGAUCGGGCAACACCAUGACUGCAAUCACGCCAAGCGCGCCUCUUGUGGCCGCAUCCUAUGUGCCAGAUACCCUGCCAGCCCAAGUCUUGGCCUGGCAGCUCAAUCUUGCGACGGGGGAGAUUGUCUUCACGCUGAGCGAGCCCCUGAAUUGGAGCACAGUUGAUGUGUCUCGCUUGGUCGUCGGCCCAGGCGUCAACGCAAGUGUUCGUCUCGACGCCUCUGGGGCGUUGGCCUUUGUGCAAUUUCCCGAUGUGUAUAGUUUAGUGCAAGAGCUAGUCACAGCCACAUACACCCUGGCGUCCAGCGAGCUUGAUGCCAUCAAACUGUCGACGCGUUGUUUGGUCAGCAGCACGUGCCUGCUCCAUUCCCUGACGGCCCUGGGCGCUGAUUGGGCGUCCAUCGAGGUUGCACCAAUCAACGACCUUGAGCCAAUUGUCCUUACUCCUGAUACCAUUGCGCCUAGCUUUGUCCGCUUUGCUGCAUUUGAUUUAAAUGCGGGCACACUGUCACUGCGGUUCAAUGAAGCCAUCAAUGUCAGCUCAGUCAACGCUACCGCCCUUGUUCUCACUGACAGCUUUGAGACUAGCUUUGACUUGCGUUUGAGCAAUGACUUGGACUUGGUGGUCUCACCCAACGGUCUUGAUGUCAACAUCUCGCUCAGCACCACCACUCUGAAUCGCUUGAAGGUGGACGUGGCUACAGGAGUUGCCAUUUGCCGCCGCCAGCAAACCUGCUACCUGCGCUUGGAUAAUGGGUUUGUGGCGGACAUGAGUGGCAAUGCCAUCCUCGCAGUGGACCCUGGAACGUUUGUGGCCUCUAUUCGCGCGGCUGCCUUUUCAGCCGAUACAACUGGACCACAACUCUUGAGCUUUGAAUUGGAUCUUGGCGAAGGCUUGCUGCACCUCUCGUUUGAUGAAAUCGUGGACACAGACACCCUCGAUCCGACAGCUCUGGUAUUGGUCGGAAAUAGCAGCACACUCACUCCUUCCUUCACUCUCACUGGUGGAGUUGCAAGCCAACAGACGCAGGCCAGCAACUGCACGUUGAUCAUGACUGAGGCUGAUUUGCUCAAUCUCAAAGCCAUUGUUGGCCUGGCUACUUAUCUUAACGAAACGUUUCUGCUGAGCUCCGCGUUUGUGGAGGACAGUUCAGGGAACUUGGGUGGGGCCUUGGCUUCACCGCUGCCCGCGUCUGCAUUGUACACGAAUAUCCAACCCGCUCAGCUGGAGUCGGUGGGCAGCUUUGAUUUGCGUGACAACAAGAUGCGCCUCACUUUCUCACAAGCUGUGGACGUGGAUACCGUGCAGUUUGGCCGGUUCUAUGUGCAAAGCACGUCGGAUGGCGGUGCGGGAACGGUUAGUGUUUCUUUGGAGGGAGAUAGCGCCGUUUAUACCGACAGCACAAAACGCAUCAUUGACAUCUUUUUCAGUCGUCAGGACUUGGUGCGCUUGAAGUUGGACGCCAGCGUAGGCACUACCAUUAACAACACUUACAUUGCAAUGGACACCACGGCCAUUCGCGACAAAUUUGGCACUGCGGCCGUGGCUGUUUCUCCUUUCUCGGCACUGCAGCCCCUCGCGUUUGUAUUUGACACUGCUGCUCCUGUGCUUGAGUCGGUUCAUCUCAAUAUGAGUUCUGGCAUUCUCAGUCUGGUCUUCGAUGAUGUCAUCAAUGCCUCCACUGUAACCGCCAGUCAGUUUCGCAUCCAAAGCACGGGCAGCAUUGGGGCCACUGCGUACCACGACCUUACGGCUGUGGAAACCUUGUCGGAUGACGGGUUUGAGUUGGAAUUGCGCAUCAGCCGCAGCGAUCUGAAUACGAUCAAGAGCCUUACAAACCUGGCCACCUCAAGCAGCAACACCUACAUUCGCCUCUUUGAGGCUGCCGUCUUGUCGGUGGUUCAGGGUGACUCGGUAGUGGCAGCCACCAGGCAAGCGUCUUUCCAAGCGGAUGUGGUCAUGCCUACAGUGGAAAGCGUGGCAGUUAAUACCUCCAGUCUUACUCUGACCCUAACUUUUAGUGAGACAAUCAAUGCCAGCCGUGCCAACACGUCCCGCAUCCACCUUGCGAGUGGCAGCGGAGAGUUCUUGGUUCUGCCGUUCUCGGGCGUGCAGCGCUCCAUGGCCGACCCCUCAAUUCUUUUUGUGACUCUAAGCCGCAGCGAGGCCAAUUCCUUGCAGCAGCAAUAUCCUCUCUGCUCCUCAGCAUCAACCUGCCUUGUAACGAUCGACGCAGAAGGCAUUUUUGACAUGAACGGCAAUCCAAGCAUUGCCUUUGGGCCUACCCCAGCCACCAUAUUUACGGAUGACCAUGUGCGCCCCGUGCUACAGGCCUUUGACCUGUCUUUUGUGUCAAACUCGAAUGCGCAGCUAACACUUUCAUUCUCCGAGGUUGUCAACACGACGCAACUGGAUCUCUCGCGCCUCGCCCUCACGGACAAUAUGAGCACCACAAUUCAGCUGACUGCAGCCGUGCUCGAGCCGUCCCUGACAGAUCGUGUUCAAGUGAACUUGACUGGCAACCUAUUGCACGCCAUCAAGGCGCCGGGUACCAUCGGCGUGGUAUUGGCACACACGUGGCUGCGUGCCAACGACAGUUUUGUCACCGAUACGCGUGGAAAUUUGAACUCCGGCUUAUCCAGCUUGCUGGCUGUGAGUGCCGUGGUGAGCGAUACUUUCCCCGUGCUUGUGACAGCAGCUGCAUUGGACAUGAGCGCCGGUACCUUGUUGCUGACCUUUGACGAGCCCAUCAACGUGAGCACCCUGUUCGCAUCACAGCUGACCAUUGGCACUAGCGCCGGACAAUUUCGUUUGACGGGCCAGACCGCCGCGAAUCUGAGCUCUCAUGCUACGAAGGUCACCCUUGCGCUGCUUGCUGGUGACCUGAACCAGGUGCGAGCUUUGUUUGCGGCACAGCCUACCAUGACUUUGAACGCAACCAAUACUGCUGUUCGGGAUGUCUUUGGUAACGGCGUGGAUGAAGCAACCACACAAACCCCUCUUGCUCUGACGCUGGCCGUGGCAGACACUACUUCACCAACCGUUCUAUCUUUUGACUUGAAUAUGACAUCGGAGAUCUUAACGCUGCAUCUUUCCGAGUACAUUCGCCCAGCAUCCGUCGACCCAAGUGUGCUGACCCUACAGGCAGCUGAUGCUUCUCGUAAUGUCACCCUUGACGUCGAGACUUUGGUCAUCGAAACGCAGGUGACCAGCGCAUCUCCUUUCAUUCGCAUCCAGCUGAGUGCCAAUGUCAUUGACAACGCCAAGCUGCAACUGCAGCCGUGGUUGGACGAUAGCUCAUGUGUUCUCCAUGUGGCAGCCGCUUUUGGGCUCGACGCAGCCAAUAAUUCGUUUGAGGCUGCUCAGGUUCUGUCCGGCCUCAUCAGCCCCGACACUCUGCCGCCACGCUUGCUCAGCUACGACCUGGUAGAUGUUGCCAACUCGGACACCGUUGCUGCUGAGCUGCAUUUGAACUUUUCGGAAGCAAUCAACGCUUCAGCCGUGGACGCAACCACCAUUCUCUUGCUUCGCUUUGCGAACGAUGAUGGCGUCGUGUUAUCCAACGCCCAGGCACCCGUAACUGCAACUGCUGCACGCCUUCUCACCGUUGGUAUCAGCUGGCCAGAAUUUGACCGCUUGCGGACAGCCGUUGGCUUGGGGUGGUCCAUCUCCAGCCUGUACCUGGCACAUUCACAGCUCGCCAACGACACGGCUGGUAACAGCAUUGUGGAAAUCGAGUCUAGUGCACCCCUCGCAGUAACAGCUCUGACGGCAGACCUGGUACCACCCUCCGUUGUGGCGUUUGACCUUAACCUGUCUUCCUCAGUGCUCACCUUGGAGCUAAGUGAACCUGUGAACACUUCAGCACUAAACACCAGCAUGCUGCGACUCCAAGCCUCAGGUUUGAGUGCCGAUGUGAGUGUGCUGUUGUCCGGCUCCGAGCCCGUGCCAGACUCGGGCGUUCUGGCUAGUGAGCUGGGGUUGCAACUGACCACUGAGGUGUACCACACCAUUUUGCGCACGACCAGCCUAGCGAUGAGCGCUGCCACAACCUUUUUCUCUCUGGAAGGACCCACAAUUUACAACGUUCUUGAACCGGGUGCAACCGUGGAUGCCAAGGGCAAUCAGCUCAUUCGCAUCAACGCCUCGGAUGCGCUCGCUGUGCGUACUUUCACUCCAGACGCCGUUGCUCCACGCAUCGCAGCAUUUGAUCUAAACGUUCAAAACGGCACAGCUACUCUUGUCUUUUCUGAACCCGUUCAAGCUGAUUCUUUGAACGACGCCACCCUUACACUUCGCGGAGGCGAAGACGUCAGCGGCACAUCUGUUGCGCUGGUGGCAACCGCCGCAAACUGGACAGCACCCACAGUUGUGGUUCUUCAACUGACCGUCACCACGGCCAACCAGAUCAGGGCCACAAACAGCAUUGCCACGCGUUUCAACAACACCUACUUGCACGUAGACAGUGGGUUUGCUCUCGAUUACAACAACAACUCGGGAGCUGCGGGUGUUUUGCAAGUCCGUUCUUUGUUCACUGACGGUAAUCCUCCUAGUUUGGUCCAAACUUUGUUUGACGUGGAACUGGGUGUGCUUGAGCUGUCCUUUGACGAGCCUCUCAAUCUGAGCAGCACUCAGCCGGGUGCAAUCACGCUCUUUUCAAACUCGUCAACCAUCAACUACACGUUGCCCGUCAAUGCAACUCUGGAGGGCACAAACGACCAAGUGCUCUCGUUUGCUCUAAGCAGUGCCGAGUUGAACAUCAUGAAGAAGGCAGCCGUCUGCGUGUCGGCCGCGACCUGCUAUUUGACGUACACGGAGAACUUGGUCAAGGACCCGGAAAGGACGAGCGUUCGCGCUUUGCAGCGCGAAGAGUAUCGUGGAUUUGACGUUUUUACCCGAGAUUCAUCGCGACCCUAUCUGCGGCCUCUGGGCUUUGUAUCUUUCGACCUGGCAACAGCCAAUAUGGUGCUACUGUUCAACGAGGUUGUGGAUAUGGCCUCUUUGAACGCUUCUUUCAUGACUCUGAGCUCAACGUACAAUCCAGCUGAUAGCGGUGCCACCCUGCUGACCUUGGAUGGCGCGACGGCAGCUAGUAGCGAUUCGGACUUCAGCUUGCAACUGCAGCUCACCCCCGCGCUGCUUGCAAACGUCAAAGCAAGCUCGGGCCUGUGCACGCUGCCCACAAAUUGCUACGUGCUGCUUGGGGCGGAAGCUCUCGCUGACAUGUCUGGCAACCCCGUGAUAGCCUCGAGUACCACCUUCCCUGGAUUUGCAGUACAGAACUUGCAGCGUGAUACGGUGCCACCGAUUUUGACUGGCGCCUCGCUCAAUAUGCAAGAUGGUGUGUUGACCCUUGCGUAUGACGAGCCUGUCGUGGCAACACCCCUCAAUGGCUCUAAAAUCGAGCUCUUUGCGAGCGGUCAGAUGACAUGGCGUGUGACUUUGUCAACCGAGGCGGUUGUCAGAACGCCCAGCUCAAGCGUGACUCUACGUCUAUCCAGCGUGGACGUCCGUGCUAUCAAGAGCACAUCGCUUGUGAGUAAGCCGAUUUUGCUGCUUGACGCUGCUGAAGGGCUGGUGGAGGACAUGGCCAACUUGCCCAACAAUGCCCUGGCCAGCGCAAAUGUGACUGUCGUGGUAGCACCCGUUGAUACACGCGCGCCACAGCUUGUUAGCUUUGAGCUGGACCUGGACGAAGAUCCUGGUCUCAUCACGUUUACGUUCAAUGAGCCCGUGAAUGCCUCCUCGCUGGACGCCACCACCAUGUUGCUUCAGCCCUCGGCUGAUAACACAAGCUCCAGUCACGCCGUGGCCGCGUGCACGCUUGAACCCGAGUACGAGCGGGACGCAGCUGUUGACUUUGUUUUUGGCCAGACCGUGUUUGCGUGUCGACUGUCGGCAGCGGACCAAACGGCCAUCAAGUCCAACCCGCAUCUGGCCACGAGUUUGUCCACGACUUAUCUGAGCCACGCUGGUGGUCUGGUCCUGGAUAUGAGUGGGAAUGCGGCGGGUGCACUGUCCAACGCGACGGCGCAGCGAGCGCGCUUGUAUGUGGGAGACAGCACACCGGCGCGUUUGACGUCGUUUACGCUUGAUCUGAGUCUGCGCGAGCUGCGCCUGACCUUUAACGACGUCGUGGACCCGGUGACGCUGGUGAGCUCAGAGCUCCAGCUCUGGGGCAAUGCAACAGGUGCCUUUGUGGCACAUUCUCUCACGCUCGAGUCAAUCCCGGUCACCACCAGCCCAAGCUAUCAUGUCGUGAUUUCGCUUUCAGCCGCGGACUUUUACGCAUUAACAGCUGCGGCUCCAUUCCACGGGCUCAACAUGGUCUAUCUGACCAUGACAGCUGCUGUGCUCGAUGAUGUCUUGGGGAAUGACGUUUCUGCUGUCACUCAGCGACGACCUUCUUUGCUUGUGAUUCCUGACAACUCGGCGCCCGCCGUCGUGGCCGUGGUUUUGAACCUGACUGCAGAGACUGUCAUCUUUACGUUUUCCGAGUCGAUUAACGCAAGCGCCCUUCAGCAAGGGCAGUUGAGCUUUGGCGACGUUGCAAACACGGAAAACGUGACGUUGACUGACGCCAGUGUUGUGGACUCCGACAGUCUGGAAACAGUCGUGUCGCUGUCCCUGGACGAGGAGUCCAGCCUGCGCAUUUUGAGCAACAAGCAGCUUUGCACUAGCCAAGCCAAUUGCCGGGUUCUCUUGACAUCCGCCUUUGCCUCGGAUUACAGCGGUAACGCUCUUGAUUUGACUGAUCUUGCCAGUGCGCCACUCGUUGUGGUGGCAGACGUGCGCUCACCUACCCCUGUAGGCUUCUCCGCCAACCUCGCUCUGGAGACACUUACGCUGACAUUCUCAGAGCCUAUGAAUUGGACUUCAAUUGACGUGACCAGUCUCUCUGUACAAACAUCACGUACCAUGCCCUCGGCCACGGUCACUUUGACCAGCGAUUGCAGUGUGGUUGCAACACAGCGCUAUGGCAGUGUAGGCGUUAUUCAACUCUCGGCAGUCGUGGCAGCGGAGGUCAAGCAGGACCUAGAGCUCUUGUCCUCCGCAAAUCUCACAUGGCUGCAAGUCGACGCCGCGGGCAUUCGAGAUUUAGCUGGCAACGAGAAUUCGGCGGCUGUGCUUGCCGUAGGCGUCUACACAGCAGACAGCACUGCACCUGUGUUGAUCGGGGUGGCUGUGGAUAUGGAUGCAGGAACCAUGACACUCGAAUAUAACGAGCCCGUCAAUACAAGCUCAGUUGUGGCAGACCUGGUGCAGGUUUCGCAAACUAACGGCAGCUAUUCCACGACACUCGAUGCUGCCACAAGUGUGGCAACAGCCGCGCGCUUGAGCCGUGUGAUCCAGCUCAACUGGACGCAAACUGACCUGAACUUUUUCAAAGCCUCUGGCAUUUUCCAAACACAAGCUGAAGGCUUUGUGCGGACACAAGCAGCCUUUGUCACAGAUCGUGCCGGUAAUGACAACGAGAUGCAAAUGCUUGCAGUCAGCAGCUAUGUUGCGGAUGCAACAGCACCUCGGCUAUUGGGUUUUGAUCUCAACAUCUCCACGGAGGUGCCGUUUGUUGAGUUGGAGUUUAGUGAAGCGGUCAAUGUCUCAACGCUCCGCCUAACGAGCAUGACCUUCCGUGCAGCACAGUCCAACGAUGAAGCCCGCGCUGUGAAUGUCACACUUGGGACCCUUCUUGGUGUGGUUGACGCGCAAGCACAUACCACCGUGCAAGCACAGCUCAGCGCACUGGAUCUGUUGGCCAUGAAGGACAAGGGUGUGGCAUUGACUCGAAACACAACCUUUUUAAGUACUCUGACUGGCUUUGUGUAUGACUAUGCGGGCAAUCCAAGUGCCGAGGUUGUCAGCAGCGCUGCGCUUCAAGUCUCCAACUACGUUGGGGAUCAAACUGGUCCAGAGCUGCUAUUUGCUGCUGUGGACUUGGAUGCUGGUACACUGGAUCUCACUUUUGAUGAACCCAUUGCCAAUGGCACUCUCAAUGCCAGUGGUGUGCUAUUGAGCAACGUCUCUCAGCCUCUCGUGAUUCCUUAA